AUGUGGGGGCUGGACACCAAGGGAGGAAUCAUCUGCUCGGGCUGCCUGUCCAUAGCCUUUGCCAUAACCUAUCUGGUUUUGAUGGACGAUUACUUCUGGAGAAAUGGACUCUAUGAGAUGGGAAUGCACUUUUCGUCGCUGCAGAUCUUGGCCAGCCUGGUGCUCAUCGUUGGAGCCAUAAAGCAAAAGCACAAGUUCUUCGUGCCGUGGAUGAUAACCACAGGAUUCUUUUUAUACCUGAUGAUGUACCUGCUCAUUUCACUGAUAAUCCAGGGCACAGGGUGGAUCUUCGGACCGUUGAUGGUGGCUCCGUUCUCAGCCUAUCUGUGUUGCGCCUUGUACUCGGUGCAAAAGGCCUUCGACAGGAUGCGCAAGGAGGAGCCACCGGCAUAUGCCAGCUUGUCCGACAAGAAGGAGUUCAUCAAUCAUAUAUAGAUAGAUACAUAUAUAAGCAAUGUCAAUACAAACAAAAAGAUUAAAGUCAGAUCAGAUAGCUGGAAAAUAAAAGCUCAUUUUAAGUGCUAUUCCAAUAAAA